AGCUGGAGUAGAAACGAAGAUUGGACGUUCGUGCUUUGCCUCAUCUCUUUUACUUUCGCUAAGGUGGAAGAAACAUAAUCGUGAAAUGUAUACGUGUUAACAGUUCGUUUACCUGCAUGGGCAGUGAGAAUGAUCCAGCUUUCCCGAAAAAAGGGCGGAAAAUUACCUUUGUUGCCCGGCACGAGGAACCUGUGUGAGAGAAGAAUAGAUUUGUAUUGCGCGUUAUAGUUUAAACGUAUUUCUGGAAUCACUCAACCUGGAUAAGCUCUCAUCAAGUCAUGUCUUUUGAAUUCCGAAUAAUGAUGUUUGGAAUCGGGACCGUCCUGAUUAUAUUUGUCAUUAUAGCCGAAAUAUCGGAAGUAGAAGAAGAAAUCGCGAACAUUGAGGAUUCACAGAAAUAUCACUUUAAAAGCUUUGUCCUUCAGUCCAACAGAAAUUCAAUUUUGAAUGCUGUCCCUACUUCCCUUGGCUACAGCAAAGGCAUUGUCUCUUCCUCUCCAUCUCCACUGUCACGCAUAAAAAGCAAAACUACCAAUGUAUCCUCACCUGAAUGGACUUUCAACAGAACCUUGUCUAACCUCAUCAGGAAAAACAUUUUAAAGUUCCUGGAUGCUGAGAGGGACAUUUCCAUUCUUAAGAGCACAUUUAAACCAGGAGAUGUCAUACAUUAUAUUUUUGACCAUCAGAGCACCACGAAUAUUUCUGAGAACCUCUACCACCUCCUGCCCACAGUGUCCCCCAUGAAGAACCAGCAUCACAAACAAUGUGCCAUCAUAGGGAAUUCUGGGAUAUUACUGAAUAGCAGCUGUGGUCGAGAGAUUGAUGCACAUGACUUUGUCAUAAGGUGUAACCUUGCUCCAGUGGAGGAGUAUGCCGCUGAUGUGGGCUUGCGCACCAGCUUGGUGACCAUGAACCCUUCUGUGGUGCAGCGUGCCUUCCAGGACUUGAACAGUCAGGAGUGGGUACAUCGCUUCGUCCAAAGGCUGCAGAGCCUCAGUGGAAGUGUUCUGUGGAUCCCUGCUUUCAUGGCUAAAGGAGGAGAGGAGAGAGUGGAGUGGGCCAUCCGCCUCAUUCUACUACAUACUGUCAACAUCCACACCGCCUUCCCUUCCCUGCGCCUGCUUCAUGCCGUCCGAGGGUACUGGCUGACCAAUCACAUCCAAAUCAAGCGACCUUCCACCGGACUCCUGAUGUACACCAUGGCUACGCGCUUUUGUGAUGAGAUUCAUCUGUAUGGCUUCUGGCCUUUUGCGAAUGAUCCUGGCGGCAAACCGGUCAAAUAUCACUAUUAUGACAUGCUAACUUACCAAUACACAUCUAGUGCCAGUCCCCACACAAUGCCUCUGGAAUUUCGGACUUUAAGUGCUCUUCACAGACAGGGGGCGCUGCGACUGCACACAGGACCCUGUAAACCUCCAGUAUGAGCUUUGCUUCUGCAGCCUUCUGAAGUGGUUAGCUGUGUAAUAUACUGGGAAGAAACAGAAGACUUGUGGAAGAUAAAUUAUAUAAAGAGAAAGAGUGACAGAUGAUGUGAAAAAUUGUGUUUACCUGAAUAUGUCAGGGGAAUUUCUGACUUAUGACCAAAUUUGAGAAUGCAAUACAUUUUUAAUUUUGUGUUUCUUUUAUUUUUUUUAUUUUUGCCCAAGGACGGCUAUUUUAUUUGAAUAUUUUCUUAUCUGCCACUUAUUCUUCAUAUUACAAAAUAUCCUAAAACAAAUCUUUUUUUAUGUGGGUACAUUAAAUGUCUUAUUUGUUCAGUUUCUUUUGUGUCAUCAAUUUUCCACAAGAUCUGUGACAGAGCAAAAUAGGAGUUAGCCUUAGCCUUUUGGGACAUUUUCAGUAAAAAUCAGAGAGUCUGUAUUAAGAAUGUCAUUUCUUUGUUGCCUUUGUAUGUGUCUGUUAUAACCAUAGACAGCAUGACUUAAAAGUCACAUGAUCUUGCAUUUGUAGUUCAAGGUACAAUUUAGACUUCUAUUUUUUAGCAUUAGCAUAACAUUUAAAUGGUUUAAAAAGGGGUUUUCAUCUCUACAUACAUUAUUUUUGACAAUAAUUUAGUGCCUCGUGUCAGGGCCACUAAGGCCCAUUAUGUUUUAGCCUAGCCUAUUUACUGGGACCCAUAGAAAUUUUGUCCUGGGCCCAAGUUGCCUUAGCAAGAUAUAGUGAGUUGUGCCGUGACCAUUAGCAGGUGUCAAAUUUACUGUGCUUGCACAGAACAAGUUGUCCUGUUUUCUGACACUCUGAAAUGUGAAUGUGCAGUAAUACUUGUAGUGAAACAUGUACUAUAACCCUAAGAACACUUGUUAGCAUUUGUUGUUGGGUUUAAGAUGUUUGCACAGUAAGCCAGCUAUCACAGUGAAUGGAGCCACACACUGAAUGCUAAUAACUUGGGAGAUAUUGUAUAGCCAAUCCAGAACACACAGCUGUUCACACACACUCGUGUGUUUGGGUACAUUGACUAUGUAAACUUGAAAAUGUGUUGCCACAUAGUAUCUGUUUUAAGAUCACAAAAAGUGUUUUCUCUGUCUAAGGAGGCUUUUUGGGUGGGGGCAGGGGUGAAAUGUUUUGGAUUUCUUUUGUAUGUGACAUAAUUGUUUAAAUGAAUGUAUUUGUGAUAAAUUGUGAGUAAAAAAAAACAUA